AUGAUUGAAAUCACUAUGAUUAGGGUGGUAUUUUUUAUAGUAGAUUCUUUUUGUUUGUGCAAAACUUAAUUCUAGGAAUAAACAUUUUUAAUGUCUUCUAAUUGGCAAAUCACUGGGGCAUAUAGUGAAAAUAAGAUAUGUGACUGCCCAGGUGGGGGGUAUGGAAUUUUUGGUGGAGGAAGUGUUAUAUAUGGAUCAUAUUCUAAUAUUCCAUAUCAUACUGAAAUCAAAGUGUAAAAUAAAAGUUUACUAUAUUGGUUCAUAGGAUUCGGAGACAGCUUCAAUUAAUGUUGAUGGACAUGUCAUCUAUAGAAUUUGUAAUUAACUCUGGGGAGUGAGAACUUUAUGUGUAACAAUUUUCGGUGGCGUUUUUUUGGAAACCAUUUAAAGGAGUCAUACUGCAGAUACAUUAUAAAUUAUUAUAAAUACAAAUUUAAAUGAGCUUAAAUGGUAAAUUUUAGAUUAAACUCUUAGAAGCCUUAGGUGUAACAGAUGUCUUAAUAUAUAUAAAAACUACGCAAUGUGUGUAAUUUUACAGUGAAUGUAAUUAUACUGGAAUUGUGAAAGAAUUGUCCUAAGGUUCUCCAAAUUUAUAAAGAAAGAAUUGA